CAUGCAAACAAGACCAGUGCUUUUCCAAACAGCCCGUUCUCAACGGUUGAGUUUGUUCUCAUCGUUCUCGGUCUGAGCACUUUAAGCCUGAUCACAAUAAUUGGCAACAUUCUGGUCAUGCUCUCCAUCAAGGUCAACAGGAACCUACAGACGGUCAACAACUACUUCCUGUUCAGUCUAGCAUGUGCAGACCUGUUCAUUGGCGUUUUCUCCAUGAACCUCUAUACCGUCUACAUCGUGAUUGGCUACUGGCCUUUGGGGCCGCUGGUUUGCGACCUCUGGUUGGCUCUGGACUAUGUGGCGAGCAACGCCUCCGUUAUGAACCUCCUCAUCAUCAGCUUUGACCGAUACUUCUGCGUCACAAAACCUCUCAGUUACCCGGUCAAAAGGACCCACAAGAUGGCGGGCAUGAUGAUCGCCGCCGCCUGGAUCCUGUCUUUCGUUCUCUGGGCCCCUGCUAUCCUGUUCUGGCAGUUCAUCACCGGAGGCCGGACGGUGCUUGAGGGUCAGUGCCACAUCCAGUUCUUCUCCAAUGCAGUGGUCACAUUCGGUACGGCCAUCGCUGCCUUCUACCUGCCGGUCGUCAUUAUGACGAUCCUUUACUGGCAGAUCUCGAAAGCCAGCCGCAGUCGCGUCAGAAGCAGAGACAGCCGGAUAAUGUCUCGAGACAGUACUGAUGGAGGUCAGGCUGUGGCCAUGACUGAAGGGAAUGUGGAGAGGAGGUCAAUCCAUGGAGCGCAGGAAACGGUUCCUCGGAGGCAGAGCGGAUCAGACGCCACUACAGGAGAAGAGCGAGAAAGCGAGAAUGACUCUUUAUCCGGCAGUGUCCUCCCUUUAUCCAAUCAGAGAGAACUGGUGAUGUCUAUUAGCACCAACGGAGGCAUCAAAAGCAAACAGACCCCAUCCACUCCUCUAGCCAAAGGAUCCUGGGUCAAAUUCACCUGCUUCAAAACACCAUCGCAAAGGAACCUGCAAAACAUCUCUAAAGACACCAACAGAGGUCAGAGCUCAAACAACGGCAAAGAAAGACUGAGUCUAGCGUCACAAAACGUUCUCAUUCCACGUUACCAGAGGAAGAGAAAGAGCAUGUCCUCCCGGGAGAGGAAGGUAACAAGGACCAUCAUGGCCAUCCUGGUGGCUUUCGCGGCCACGUGGACACCUUACAAUGUCAUGGUCCUCAUCAAUACUUUUUGCUCCACCUGUAUACCAAGGACAAUGUGGAUACUUGGCUACUGGCUCUGCUAUAUAAACAGUACAGUUAACCCGGCGUGCUAUGCCCUGUGCAAUGUCACCUUCAAGAACACCUUUAAACAGCUGCUGACAUGCAAGUACAAGAAUAUUUAUUCAUCUAGAAAACACUGA